AUGGCGAAUGAUCAAUGGAUUUCAAUCGUCGAUUAUUUACAGUCUGACGCAGAUUUUAAUUAUAAAAAUUUUGCAACUAUCCGUAGCCAAUAUCAACAAGAAUGUGGUGGAUCAUUUCCUUCAUUGACUAACGAAGCUGCACUUAAAAAAGUAGCACAACAACUUAAAAUCAAAAUCGAUACUGAUGCCAAUUUUGAAUUAUUAUGUGAUUGUGUCAUAUCUUCAAAUGCAGAUGAUUCUCAAUUAGUAGUACAGAGUAGACUAAAUGGUGCAAUACAACCACAGCAUAGGGCAACUGUGGAAAAAUCAAAUAGUUUUUCUUCAAAAACAGAUUCAGUUACUACUGUCAAUAAAGGUAUAAAGAAAGAAUUUUUCAAUUUACGUUUUUACAGAAACAAAUAUUUUCCAUAA